AUGCCAGUUCUCAAGCACUCCAAGCAUUUAUUCAGCCAGUACGGCUUCAUCGCAGGGAUGUCUGAUAGCUUGGAUCGUGAGUCGACAGAUGCAGAAGACCCCGUUGCUGGCACGCAAACAGACCCACGGCUCUUCUUUAAUAUUUCGGCUCCUUCGAGCGCGUUCAUUUGUGGCUCUCAAGGCUCAGGCAAAUCCCAUACUUUGUCUUGCCUUCUUGAAAAUUGUCUUAUGAAAUCACACAUCAGCAAGCUUGAUAACCCUCUAGCUGGCCUUGUAUUUCACUAUGAUUCUUUCACGUCAGACCUGAAGGGUGCGCCUUGCGAAGCUGCCUACCUUUCGUCCAAUCCAAACAUAAAGGUCCGAGUUUUCUGCUCUCCUACCAACUUGCAAACAAUCAAGCGAACGUAUCUUGGCAUGAAUGUUCAGAUUGAGCCCCUGCGUAUCAACCAGAGCGAUCUGAAUACGAAGAGAAUGUUGGAUCUCAUGGCUGUCAGCUCAGAUGAUGGGCCAAUGCCAUUAUAUCUCCACGCCAUCAAUCGAAUCUUGCGCGAAAUGCGCAUGGUGCAGCAACAGACUAACGGUUCUUUCAACUACGCGGAGUUCAAACGAUUGGUAGCAGACUGCAAUAUGACACCAGGCCAGUUGGCGCCAUUGACACAGCGUCUCGACACCCUCGAAAGCUUCAUGCCGAGAUCUCAGACGCAGGUAGAUAACAAAGAACAGGCAAGAAAGAAGAAAAAUGAGAGUGGGAAUGAUUGGACUAUCACGCCUGGAAGUCUAACCAUUGUCGAUCUUUCCUGCCCGUGCGUUACGUCAGAAGGAGCAUGUGCUUUGUUCAACAUGUGCUUGAGCUUGUUUCUAGAGCAGAAGACAACCGUGGGUAGAGUUGUUGCACUGGACGAAGCACAUAAGUAUAUGAAUUCUGCAUCCGAGGCUACUGCAUUGACAAAUACCCUCCUAUCCUCCAUUCGUCUCCAACGUCAUUUAGGCACUCGAGUCUUCAUCUCAACACAGGAGCCAACAAUCUCACCAAAAUUGCUUGACCUCUGCUCUUUGACUAUAGUUCAUCGGUUCUCCUCCCCGGAUUGGCUGCGAUGCCUCAAGUCGCAUCUCGCUGCGCUGGAUGUUGAAGAGGACUCGGUCCAUAGCCAGAAGUCAAAGAUCAUUAACAUCUUCAAUAAGAUCGUGAAAUUGAGAGUUGGAGAAGCUUUGCUCUUUGCCCCGAGUGCCACUAUUGGAAUUGGUGUUAGUGACAGUCCAGGAUCGAAAUUGCCAGAAGCAAAGAUGUUACGACUUGGCCUGGGAUUCUUGAAGAUUAAGAUUCGUGCUAGAAUCACCGCGGACGGUGGAAAGAGUGUCCUGGCAAUC